UCAUAAGUGGGAUUGCGAUUUGUAGUUGUGGCCUAAAUACAUGAAACAAUCGUGUUACUGUACUUCAUUAAAAUGUUGACUUCAAUUUGUGCAUCAACAACAGUUUAUCAGUGCAUCAGUGUUUACCGAAUGGUGAUAAGAUUGGUGGUUGUUGAAAUGUCCCGAACAACACAAGAUGCAGCGUUCAACUAGCCCAACAAUCGACUUAGUUCCUGAGAAUCUUUUUAUCUACUCUGUUGCUCGAGGUGUUUGCAAUAGUCUCGAAGUUGCCGUCAAGAAGAUACCACGCCAAUUGCUGCCGAUUGAAGACGACAUCACGAAACUGUUGACUCAACUUGACCACGAAAACGUAUUGAAAAUCUUUGCUGUGGAUGAUGAUGGAACACGCUUUUCUCCGUCAGGUUCUACAACCGGUAACUUUUUUGUUCCCGGUGGUAUGUACAGGUAUGUAGCUAUGGCACUUUGUGAAGCCACUCUUGAAGAUUAUUGCGAAGGAAAAUAUGUUGGUCCUAUGCCAGAUGAUUUGACGGCUCUCAACCAAAUCGCUAACGGAUUGAAGUACAUUCAUUCCAAGGGUUUAGUUCAUGGGAACAUAAAACCGACCAACAUUCUCAUAUCGACCGAGAGACCGAUCCAGCUGAAACUGUCUGACUUUGGACUGAUGGAGCCUGUUAGUAGACAAGGUAUCCUGGGAUCCACAGUCGAGAAAAAGUGCAAAAAUCCUUUCAAUCGAAGCCGCUACUGGAUAGCAUUUGAGCUCAUGGAACAAAUUCUGAACGGGGACACCAACAGUCCGAUUCAAGCAACUCUUAGCAGUGACAUGUUCUCAACAGGCUGUUUGUUCUUUUACUUUUUGACUCGGGGCGUUCAUCUUUACGGGCCACCGAGUUUUAUUGUUCGGAACAUCCUUGAGGGAAAUCUUGUUAAUCUGACACAACUGCCUAAGGACCAUUUUGCAGCUCCAAUCAUUGUUAAAAUGGUCGCUAAACAACCGGAAGACCGGAUCAAUAUUAAGCAAGUCGUCGAUGAAAUAGAAAACAAUUCCUCUGACCGUCUGAAGGUCCCGGUGGCGAAAGAUACUAAAUUGGAGACAACCCUGCAAAAUGAGAGUCAAACCAUUCGUCGAUCUAUUUUUUCCAUGAAAUGGAGUUUCAGAGAAGGUGUAAAAGCGUUUCGUGGAAAUUUUUCUGAAGUCUCUGAAGCUUAUUAUGCUGGUGUAAAAGUAGCUGUCAAAGAAAUAGAAAACGCUUAUGUGAAUCGCAAUUUCCGCGACGAGAUGGAAAAUAUUAUGAAACUUUUGGACCAUCCGAACGUUUUGAAACUAUACUCUGUUGUACAUAUGCCCCAGUGGAAGCAUUUUAUUAUUGAUCUGUGCAGCGCUACCUUGAAACAAUACGGAUCGGGAGGUUAUAAAGGUCCGAUACCUUCUGUAAAAGUUGGUCUCUAUCAAAUGGCCUGCGGUCUUGACUAUAUUCACUCUCACCAACUAAUUCAUCGCAACAUUAAGCCGUCCAACGUUUUGAUCUCGGGAACUAACCCGGUUCUGUUAAAAUGGUCAGAUUUUGGAUUAAGUAUAGCAACAGAUGAUCCCGGAUCUUACACGCCAAAUGCUCCAAUGGGGACUUACGAUUGGAUGGCACCGGAAAUUCUUCGCGAAGUAAUGAGAACUGAAAAGUCUAGUGAAUCUAAUCCCGCCGCAAUCGCUACAACGUUCAGCGAUAUCUUCUCGGCUGGUUGCGUCUUUUUCUUUUUCUUGAAGUCUCCCUUACAUCCAUUUGGACAUGAAGCACAAAUUCGAGUCAAUAUUUUGGAAGGAAAUCCGCUUAAUCUAGAAAGUAUUGAAAUGGAUAUUGCAUUCGAUUUGAUUUUAGGAAUGAUCAAUCCAAAGCCAGAAGAAAGAAUCACACUUGGAAACGCAAUAGAGAUGAUAAAAACCUUUUCAACUACUGACGACCUCAGGAAACCAAAAAUCAAGACAUCACAGCGUUGCAUUAAGCAUGCAAAUGAACUGACAUAUGGGGAAAAGGAACUUAUCGGACAAGGAAGUUUUGGGCCUUUCUUUUGUGAUUCGUUUCAACACAGGACUGUAGCAGUUCUCCGUGUUGCUCGGUCUCAAUUUGCUGAAAUCGUUGAGCAAGAGGAAUUCAAAUGGUACUCUAUUGAACAUGAAAAUGUUGCCAAGUUUUUUGCGAAAGAAAGCAACACCAGUUUUAGAUUUUACGCCUUGGAAUCUUAUAAGAUGUCACUUGAUGAGCUUUACAGUGAUAAUUAUAUCGAAGGGAGCUGCUUUUUGAAAAUUCCUUCUGACCAUCACAUUCUUCUUCAACUGGCCAGUGGUCUGGAUUACAUUCACACAAAGGGCUUGAUACACUGCAAUAUCAAUCCCAAAAAUGUGCUUUUUGUGUCUGGGAACCGAGUGAAAUGGGCGAAUCAAUUGGGACUGAAAAUGGAAAUGACACCCGAAAUGUUGGACUGGACGGCACCCGAGAUCCUGAUACGCAAAGACAAUUUCUAUUACAGACACUGCGAUACCUUCAGCGAUAUCUUUUCUACGGGUUGCGUGUUCUUCUUUUUUUUAUCUAAAGGAGUUCAUCUCUUUGCUGGAGAAAUUGGAACGAAUGAAAUCGUGAAAAACAUCUUGCAAUCCAAAAAGAUGUAUUUGAAAGUUCUAGCAAAUGAAUCGUGGAUCAUCGAGCUUAUAGACGAUCUCACCGAACACGACCCGAAACUACGCCCUUGUGCUGGGGAGGUUGUUAAAAUAUUAACUUCAUACAAUAGUAAACUGAGUACACAGGAUAAGGAGAUACUUUCAGUUCGAUACUUUUCUGAAAUCAGAAGCAGUUUUUGUAUUGAUGCAAUUCCCGCUUUUUCGUCAAAAUUAAAGGGAACGGCAGAAUCUGUAGGCGAAAAUUUGUACGGUAUCAAGAGAGUUGUCGGAAAGACUGUAAUGCGCUUUACAAAUCCAAGUGGAAUUGAUUCUUAUGGGAAUCACCCAGCCUUACUCUUUGUCUUUGAAGGAGAAAAAGUGUGCGUAUUAUGGCUUAAUGAAUUAAAAUGUCUCAGGCAACUAAAUCAUCCCAAUGUCAUCAAACCCUAUUUCAAUAUUUCGAGUGGUUUCGUUGUACAGUACUACAAUGCUUCUCUCGACCAACUAUUCUUGGCGGAUGACGAUCCUAAGAAAUACAAAGGUCGGAUGCCCACAGAUGAGCAAGUUCUUUUCCAGUUAGCCAGUGGAUUGGAUUAUGUGCACUCUAAAGAUAUCAUCCACAGAAACAUAAGACCUGAGAGCAUUUUAAUUUCGGCAUCAACGAAAGGGCUUCAAAUGAAAAUAACCGGUUUCAAUUUUUCAGUUUUCUAUUCGCCAACUAACAUUAGUCAACCCAACAUGUCGGAGUGGGAGAGUCGUGGUAGGCCUAAUUGGGCUUCCCCAGAAGAUAAACUUUUAAUAACAAAAUUUACCGAAACAACUAACAAUUGGAACAGAGUUGAGAAUCAGAUUAUUGCGCCUAAAUCUCGUUUUGUGCAUUGCGACACGUUUUCUUUCGGGUGUGUUUUUCUAUACUUCUUGUUGCGUGGAAUUCAUCCUUUUGGAUCUAUCAAUUUGGUCAUACCAACAAACAUUGCCAGAGGAAAUCCCGUCAAUUUGAAAGAACUUCCGGAAAAUCACUUCACUCGCCCAAUAGUUACUCAAAUGAUUGAAAUAAAUCCAGAGAAGACUAUCGCUCUUUCACAAAUUAUUAAUUAUCUGGAAGUCAAUGGUUAUUUAAAGACAAGAAACCGACUCUCAAACAAUUAUUACGGCAAUCUUAAUUUGGUCCAUAGCGGACCUUUAUCGAGCGUUUAUAAAGUUACACUGCAAGACGACAUCCUAAUGGCCGUGAAAAGAAUUCCACUUGACGCUUCCUCUUCGUUAGUAGAAUUCACGUCUAAGGUAUUCAAUGAGUUGAAGGUAAUUCAACAUCCAAACAUACUCAAAAUGUUUGAAUUCGACCACGAUAAGCUUUACCGGUAUUUUGGCAUGGAGUUUUGCGAAGAAUCUUUGGACCAGUGGUUCCCCAGUACCAAAGAUGAAAAUUUGGGUUCCUACACCUUACCCAGUAGGCCUACCAAAGAUGGAAAUUUGGGGUAUGAACAAUUUAUGUCUCAACUGACAAGUGGGUUACAGUACAUUCACGAAAAAGGCCUUGUUCAUGGUUCGAUCAAACCUUCCAACAUUUUCAUCACUUCCACUAAGGAUUUACUGCAAGGUCCACAAAUUAAAUUAUCAUCAGAUUUUUGGAUUACUCGAGAGAACCAGAUGGAAUCACUCAAUUCUACGCCUAUCUGGCUAGCACCUGAAUUACUUGAAAGUCUUAUGCAGCACAGCUCAGGACAGAUCACGGUUGUCCAGUACACCAAAGCAAGCGAUAUCUUUGCAGCCGGGAAUGCGUUCUUCUACUAUUGGAGUCGUGGACAAAACUUGUUUUGGAAAGCCAGCGGGGUAACCUCGGAAAAUACGGCAAAUCUUACGUGCGGGGUAACCUCGGAAAAUAUGACAAACAUUAUGAGCGGAAACCAAGUAAAUUUGCUUGAGUUUACGCCCACAUACCGAGUACAACAACAACAAAUGGAUCAAAUAAAAGGUGUCAUUCGUUGGAUGACGCAAAAAGAUCCCAAACAGCGACCAGCAUCCUUGCAAGAAAUUGUCGAACACUUGAACUUUUUCAAACCUUUCCCACCACCAGCUGGUCAACUUCAGGAGAUUGAAAUUCCGCUGGUUGGCAAUAAUCAGCAGAGAAACCAACAACCAGAAUUGCCUACAAAGAUUCAGUACUCUAAAGAUCAUGUUUUGGGAAUCAGCGCCGAUGGUCUGUCCAGUGUUUUCCUUGGAAUGUCGGUUAAAACAACGGAUAGACGAAGCCCGGACUGGAAUUACGGACGACUCGUUCCAGUCGCUGUCAAACGGAUGGCGACUGUAGGAGACGAACUUCGAAAAGGUGAAAUACUUUUGAAAACCGUUGACCAAGAAAGACAGGAGAGAGCAAAAAUCUUCAUGAAUCUCAACCAUGCCAAUAUCGUCAAACUCUACACUUUUGCUAAAAAUUCAGAUUUCACGUUGUUGGCUCUCGAAAAAUGCCGGACAUCACUGUCCGAAUAUGUCCGAAAACCGCUGUUUUAUCGCGAUUUCAUCAAAAUGCCUUCAGACCAGGACGUUCUCGUUCAGAUGGCCAAGGGCCUUGACUACAUCCAUUCCCAAAAUCUAAUUUAUCGUGAUGUGAAACCAGAAAACGUUCUCAUCUCAGAAACGAAUCCGGCUGUCAUGAAAUGGGCCGACUUUGGGAUAUCAAGGGCUGUGAUUGCGGGCACAAAUUAUUUUGACCCGAGCAAAUUCACGGGAACUGAGCGCUGGCUACCGAACGAAAUUAUUAAUACCAGUGAAUUAAACCAACUUUUCAAUUUCUACAUUGUAUUUGGUAGUCAGAAAUGUGAUAUUUUUGCAUUGGGUUGCAUCUUUUUCUUCUUUCUCUUGUCCGGAGUUCAUCCGUUUGGAGACGACGCUAAUGUUCAAGACAACAUCAAAAAUGACAAUCCUGUUAAUAUCGAUCGAUUAUCGAGUGAACAUUUUGCUUUCACUGCAACUAAACGCAUGAUCUCAAAGAAUAUUUUAAUGAGGCCUAAACUAUCAGAUGUUUUUAGUUGUCUUGAGAAAGGGAUGCAUUUGGAUUGAACGAGGUAAAUUUUUCUAAUGUGAAGAUAGAUUAAGUUUAUGAUUUUUGUUCCCUUAUAACCCUCUGCAAAUUCUUAUGAAUAAUUUUAAAUAGACGGAUCAAUUGCCGAGUUCCGACAACCUGUCAGUCAUAACCAUUCCUAAAGGUUGUCGAGAAAAAAUAACUAUAAAACAAAUUCUCCGUUUUUCUCAGUCUCGCACCAUGGGCAAACAGCGCAAAAUUUGUAUUCCACUGAAUUUGCUG